AGCCUAUUUGACCAAUUUAAUCAAAUUGGGCCCCGCGCCGCAAGGGGGCCCCGCACACACGUGUGUUAGUUUUAAACUGUAUACGAUAUUGGUAAAAAAGCUAACGUUAGACACAAAAUCAUUGUUAUUGUCAUCAAAAUAAUAGAUCCCAGUCACGUGCGAGAAUUUUCUGUUUUGUCAAAAGUCCAAGGGAAUUAACUCUGGUGUUGGUCCACACGCCCUGACUUUCAUAAUAAUUUACAGGAGCGGGAAGGGUGCGAGCCAAUCAGAACACAGUUUUCACUCUCUCCCAACGCUUGGACGGUGUAAGUGUGUCGGUUUAUUAUAUGUCAUUUCUGAAAAGAUAAUAUAAAAAGCCCUUUCAUCAUGGCAAGCACAAGCAGAGAUAGAGGCAGAGGGCGUAAGUAUUUAAAUGGCAACCAGAAGCGAGCACUGGCAAAGGCAAAGGUGCUUGAAAAUGAAAAACAUCGAGGUGCUAUCAAAAAAUUUCUUGUCACUCCACCUUUGAAACGCCCAUGUAUUGAAGAUGAAGAAGACAAAAACGAUUCAGAAAAUGACAAUACAGCCAUUAGUCCAAUUACAGUUGAUGAAUACAAUGAAGAAAUUGAUAUUCAGUUUGAAAAAGUUCAAGUUGACACACAGACACAGUUGAAUCAAACUGAAGACGAUCUUAAUACAACAGAAGACAGUGCCAAAGUGAGAAGUCCACUUAUAGCUAAAGAAGAGUCAGAAGGCCAAGCCCAAACAUCAAACAGUGAUGGAUCAUCCACAAGUACAGUUGUAAUUAACAUUAAUGAUGACCCGGCAAGUUGGCCAUCGAAUAUAAAUAGAAAUAUAAGAGAUUAUUUAACAAUGAAAGGGCCUCCUGAUAUUCCAGUGAACAAGUUUCCACGAAAUGAAAAGGGAUUGUGUUUUUCUAAGUUUCACUGUAUUGACAAAGAACGUGAACUAACUAUUAAUAAACAUGCAAAGUACUGGCAGCAAGUAUUCAAAAGGCUAGUGGCAAUAGUGCAGUUUCUUGCUGAGAGAAAUCUAGCGUUAAGAGGGACAGAAGAAAAAGUUGGUAAUGAGAGUGUACACAAUGGAAACUUUUUAGGUUUAGUGGAGCUGUUUGCAAAGUUUGACUCUGUUCUUGAAGAACAUUUACGUAAAGUCAAGGCCAACGAAAUUCAUAAUCACUAUUUAGGAAAAGAUACUCAGAAUGAACUACUAGACAUUAUGGCUACAGCUGUUUUGAAUGAGAUACUGAAUCGCGUAAAAGCAGCUAAGUACUAUGCCAUAAUUUUAGACUGCACACCCGACUUGAGCCACCAGGAGCAAAUGUCUCUAACGAUCAG